AAGCUUGGAUCAUGCAAGAAACCACAAACCUACCAUGCAGAGACGAAAACUUAGAAAAGAGAUGGGAAUGAUUUUUCUAUUGCUGUUAAUCUGCUCUCUCUCCACAGCAGAGAUAGAAACAAAGUCUGACAACAAAACAAAUUCACAUGUAAGACAAACUGAAUCACAGGACAGAGACACAGAAAGCCUUUCAAACCCACCAGAAACAUGUACCCAGGACAUCAAUGGUGUGCUGAGAGAGAUGACCGGUUCACUGGCUGGACUGAAGGUGCAGGUGGGAUACUUAGAGAGAGACAACGAAGCUAAGGCCAGAGAACUGGAGUUGCUAAAGAAUGAGUUGGAUAUGAUUAAGCAACAGUUUCAAGCACAGGUAGAAGAGGUGACCACAGUCAAAGCCAUGGCAAACAACACUGAACACCAAGUGGAGGUUCUGUGGACAGAAGGAAAAGUGAAACGAGUGGCUUUCUCAACCUCUUUGUCAGCCAAGGGUACAGGAGACAUUGGACCAUUUAACACCCAUGUGAUUCUGGUCUUCAGAAAUGUAUUUGUCAAUAUUGGAAAUGCCUACAACCCAGAUACAGGGCAUUUCAUCGCACCUGUGAGAGGAGCCUAUCACUUUGAGAUCCAUAUAUAUGGGCAUGGACAUCCUUCUCGUCCUUCAUCUGCAGCGCUGAUUAAGAAUGGAGAACAUGUCGUUAUAGCAUAUGAAUAUCAAAGUAGCGGUUCGGCUGACUCUGCCAAUGGUGUCACAUUGCUGUUAGAGAUCGGAGAUGAUGUGUUUGUGCGUCAGUGGCCUAACUCAUGGAUUUAUGAUGGUCCCUUGCAGCCCACCACCUUCAGUGGCCAUCUGCUUUUCACCAUGUGAGGAUUUAAUAGUCCUACUUAAAAAAAAAAAGUACUUUCAGUAAAACAAAUAUCAGCUUCUGUAUCUUGAAAUACAUAUUCAAGCACCUCAAGCUCAGUCACAAUUUGUUUAUUAUUUGGCUGAGGUUGCAGGAUUUAAUUAAAAGAAAUACUGGGAACAAUUCCUUCAAAUUUUUACACAUAUUCAUAUAUUAUCCUGCUUCAAAGAGAUGGUUGAAUAGACGACCAAACAGAAGUUCAGUUUUCUGCAUCGCAAAAACAAGGGAGUGGCAGUGUCUCAGAAAUCACAGUACGUGGCUCUGACUGGCUAUGAAACUGAGGAUAUACUUUCAAGAGUAAAAACUACAUUUAUAUUCACCUUGAAAAAAAAAACAGGCUUAAGAAUUAUAUUUUAUCAAAUGUUAGAAUUGGAAUAGAUUACUCAUCUGUUAUAAACAGCCAAUAUUGUUUUUCUAAAACAAAAUGGAUGUCUUAAGGUCUGGGAUAGGAUGCUUCUUUUCGAAGAAGAAUCCAUUACCGUGAUCUUUCAGCCUCUUAUCUUAUCUGAAGCAGUCUCGAGAAGCUUUGAUGGCUUUUUAAAGUUAGAAACUGUCUGUGAAAGAUAAUUCUUUAAAUACCCCGACUUGCCCUUAGUAGCCACAUUAUUAUUGACAUUUUAGCAUUUGAAUAUUGUGCAGAUCAGCU